AACCGCAGACGAUUAGCUUCCACACACAUUCUCUCUCACGCACAAGGAAAACACACUUUCUCUUUUCUCUCUCCCAUGUUUCAGAUCUCUCGCUUAUAAUUUUCGACUCACUAAAAUUCCAAUUUUGCUCUGUCGUUUAUAUACAUAUGUAUAUAAUGAAUACACACACCCCUUAGCUUAGUUUCUCUCUCUCUCUAGAAGAACCCUCUCUCUCUCUUCCCCCCAAUCUUUCGCUCUCUAGAUCUCUCUCUCGUUCGUCUUUGGGCCUCCGGAGGUUCAAGGGUUUCUCUUUCGCUGCUCCAGAUCUUGGGAGCGUCAGUUGAUACGUCGUCGUACUUGACCCGAUCCUUUCCCAGAUCCGAAGUUCCGUUGCUUCGAUUCGUCGCCCAUCAUGGCGGCCGCCAACGCUCCGAUCACCAUGAAAGAAGCCCUCACGUUGACCAGCAUAGGGAUCAAUCCGCAGUUCAUUACCUUCACCAAUGUGACGAUGGAAUCUGACAAGUACAUAUGUGUUCGGGAGACAUCACCACAAAACAGUGUGGUGAUUAUCGAUAUGAGCAUGCCGAAUCAGCCAUUGAGGAGGCCUAUUACUGCAGAUUCCGCGCUUAUGAAUCCGAAUACUAGAAUUUUGGCGCUGAAAGCUCAACUUGCCGGAACUACACAAGACCACUUGCAAAUAUUUAAUAUCGAGGCAAAAGCGAAAUUGAAGUCACAUCAGAUGCCCGAGCAGGUUGUAUUCUGGAAGUGGAUUACUCCUAAAAUGUUAGGUUUAGUUACACAAUCCUCGGUCUAUCACUGGUCGAUUGAAGGUGAAUCUGAACCAGUGAAGAUGUUUGACAGAACUGCCAAUUUAGCAAAUAACCAAAUUAUCAAUUAUAAAUGCGAUCCAUCUGAGAAGUGGUUGGUUUUGAUUGGAAUUGCUCCUGGUUCUCCCGAGCGGCCCCAAUUGGUCAAAGGAAGCAUGCAGCUGUUUUCUGUGGAACAGCAGCGUAGUCAAGCUCUCGAAGCACAUGCUGCUUCAUUUGCCUCUUUCAGAGUAGCAGGCAACGACAAGGAUUCCAUUCUUAUUUCUUUUGCGACGAAGACCUCUAAUGCUGGUCAGACUACAUCUAAGUUGCAUGUUAUUGAGCUUGGUGCUCAGCCAGGGAAACCAUCUUUUACAAAAAAGCAAGCAGAUCUGUUCUUCCCUCCAGAUUUUGCUGACGAUUUUCCAGUGGCCAUGCAGAUAUCCCACAAAUUUAGUCUUAUAUAUGUGAUUACAAAGCUUGGCCUUCUGUUUGUGUACGAUCUGGAAACUGCCACAGCUGUAUACAGAAAUAGAAUAAGUCCGGACCCGAUUUUUCUGACGUCAGAAGCUUCAUCUGUUGGAGGUUUUUAUGCAAUUAAUAGGCGAGGCCAGGUUUUGCUUGCUACUGUGAAUGAAUCGACUAUUGUACCUUUUGUCAGUGGCCAGUUAAACAAUCUGGAGCUUGCUGUCAAUCUUGCCAAACGAGGAAAUCUCCCUGGUGCGGAGAAUUUGGUUGUUCAGCGCUUCCAAGAAUUGUUUGCUCAGACGAAGUAUAAAGAGGCUGCUGAGCUUGCUGCCGAAUCUCCACAAGGCAUCCUCCGCACACCUGAUACAGUUGCCAAAUUUCAGAGCGUUCCUGUACAAGCUGGGCAGACACCACCAUUGUUGCAGUACUUUGGAACACUGCUAACCAAAGGAAAGCUUAACGCAUUCGAGUCUUUAGAAUUAUCUCGUCUUGUGGUCAACCAGAACAAGAAGAAUCUAUUGGAGAACUGGUUAGCUGAGGACAAACUGGAAUGCAGCGAAGAACUUGGAGAUCUUGUUAAGACCGUUGACAAUGACCUCGCGCUGAAAAUAUAUAUCAAAGCUAGAGCAACACCCAAAGUUGUGGCAGCUUUUGCAGAGCGUCGGGAGUUUGACAAGAUCUUGAUAUACUCAAAGCAGGUUGGUUAUACGCCUGACUACCUAUUCCUUCUGCAAACGAUUCUUCGGGCAGAUCCUCAGGGAGCUGUUAAUUUUGCCCUGAUGAUGUCCCAAAUGGAGGGAGGUUGUCCUGUUGAUUACAAUACCAUUACCGAUCUUUUUCUUCAGAGAAACAUGAUCCGUGAAGCAACAGCAUUUCUGUUGGAUGUUCUGAAACCGAAUUUGCCAGAACAUGCUUUCCUGCAAACUAAGGUUCUGGAGAUAAAUCUCGUGACAUUUCCUAAUGUUGCGGAUGCUAUUUUGGCGAACGGAAUGUUUAGCCAUUAUGAUAGGCCACGCAUUGCACAAUUAUGUGAGAAAGCUGGACUUUACGUGCGAGCACUUCAGCAUUAUUCUGAAUUACCUGAUAUCAAGCGAGUCAUGGUCAAUACUCAUGCAAUUGAGCCACAGGCACUUGUGGAGUUCUUUGGAACACUUUCUAAGGAAUGGGCACUGGAGUGUAUGAAGGAUCUUUUACUGGUCAAUUUAAGAGGAAACCUUCAGAUAAUUGUUCAGGUUGCAAAGGAGUAUUGUGAACAUUUGGGAAGUGACGCAUGCAUUAAGCUCUUUGAGCAGUUCAAGUCGUAUGAAGGAUUGUACUUCUUUUUGGGAUCAUAUUUGAGCUCCAGUGAGGAUCCUGAGAUUCACUUCAAGUAUAUUGAGGCAGCUGCAAAGACUGGACAGAUUAAAGAGGUUGAGCGCGUCACUAGAGAAUCAGAUUUCUAUAAUCCUGAAAAGACUAAGAAUUUCUUAAUGGAAGCAAAACUUCCUGAUGCUCGGCCAUUGAUCAAUGUUUGUGACCGCUUUGGUUUUGUUCCGGAUCUCACACAUUACUUGUACUCCAACAACAUGCUUCGUUAUAUUGAAGGUUAUGUGCAAAAGGUGAAUCCAGGAAAUGCUCCAUUAGUUGUUGGGCAGCUUUUAGAUGAUGAGUGUCCUGAAGAUUUCAUUAAAGGCCUUAUCCUUUCUGUCCGUUCUCUUCUUCCGGUUGAACCUUUGGUUGAGGAGUGUGAGAAAAGGAAUCGGCUUCGUCUGCUUACUCAGUUUUUGGAGCAUCUUGUGAGUGAAGGAAGCCAAGAUGUGCAUGUCCACAAUGCUUUGGGAAAAAUCAUAAUAGAUAGCAACAACAAUCCAGAGCACUUCCUCACUACCAACCCAUACUAUGAUUCACGUGUUGUCGGUAAAUACUGUGAGAAGCGUGAUCCUACCCUUGCUGUUGUCGCAUACCGGAGAGGACAAUGUGACGAUGAACUCAUUAACGUGACAAAUAAGAACUCAUUGUUCAAGCUGCAAGCUAGGUAUGUUGUUGAAAGAAUGGAUGGCGAUCUCUGGGCAAAAGUUCUUGACCCCGAGAAUGAAUUCAGAAGGCUGCUCAUUGAUCAAGUGGUAUCGACAGCUUUGCCUGAAAGCAAAAGUCCGGAGCAAGUUUCUGCUGCUGUUAAAGCAUUUAUGACCGCUGAUCUUCCCCAUGAGCUAAUUGAGUUGCUUGAAAAGAUUGUGCUUCAAAAUUCAGCAUUCAGUGGAAACUUUAACCUGCAAAAUUUGCUUAUCUUGACUGCAAUCAAGGCUGAUUCAUCGAGGGUGAUGGACUAUAUAAAUAGACUUGAUAACUUUGAUGGCCCUGCUGUUGGAGAAGUUGCUGUGGAAGCUCAAUUAUAUGAAGAGGCUUAUGCCAUUUUUAAGAAGUUCAAUUUGAAUGUCCAGGCUGUGAAUGUGUUGCUUGACAAUAUUCGUGACAUUAACCGGGCUGUAGAAUUUGCAUUCCGUGUUGAAGAGGAUGCUGUUUGGAGUCAAGUGGCUAAAGCUCAACUUCGGGAAGGACUGGUGAGCGAUGCAAUUGAAUCAUUUAUUCGUGCUGAUGAUGCCACCCAGUUCCUGGAAGUAAUCAGAGUUGCAGAAGAUGUUGAAGUUUAUCACGACCUGGUUAAGUAUCUUCUUAUGGUUAGGCAGAAAACGAAGGAACCAAAAGUGGACAGUGAGCUCAUUUAUGCAUAUGCCAAGAUUGAUAGGCUGGGUGAUAUUGAAGAAUUAAUGCCAUCUAAGAUUUUUGGUGGUUACUCAAAAUGGGCUGUUGACUUUUUUCCCUAUGUUUUACAGGGAAAGAAGGAGUGCUUUGCCUCGUGCCUGUUUGUUUGUUAUGAUUUGAUCCGCCCAGAUGUUGCACUUGAACUUGCCUGGAUGAAUAACAUGCUUGACUUUGCCUUCCCAUAUCUGUUGCAGUUUAUCCGGGAAUACAGCGGUAAGGUUGAUGAACUAAUCAAGGACAAGAUUGAGGCCAAGAACGAAGAGAAAGCCAAGGAGAAAGAAGAGAAAGACGUCAUUAGUCAACAGAAUAUGUAUGCCCAGCUGUUGCCUCUUGCUUUACCGGCACCGCCUAUGCCAGGAAUGGGAGGUGGUUAUGGUCAGGGGCCACCACCCCCCAUGGGUGGUAUGGGCAUGGGAAUGGGAAUGCCUCCAAUGCCGCAAUUCGGAAUGCCACCGAUGGGUUCGUACUAGUUUGUGGAUGAUUGAUUAUUAUUGCUAUUUUGAGAUUAUUGGAACUUGUUUACUGAGAGAAGAGGACAAUGCCAGCUGUUCAGGCUUUAAUAUUUUGUAUUUUCUUCUAGUCCCUUUGUUAUGAGACAAAGGUGGAAGGCUUAGUUCAAAGUUAUAAAAUAAACGUGAUUUGGUAUUGUCUGCAUAGGGUGUGGAUAUAUUUCUUUGUAAUAUUCUUUGGUAGUCGAGGCAUUUCUUUUUGCAGCUUUAGGCACAACAAAGCUGAGUUUUUAUUUGUAUGUUAAAAAGGAGGAGACACCAUCUUAGUAGUUUUUCAUUGUCGAUUUGUGCUUGACUUAGAUCU